UCUACCUGUUAUUCUACCUGUUGUCUGUUAGUCUAUCUUAUUUGUUAUCUGUUCUGCCCAGUUUAACCCCUUGAUUGCGGAUUUCCUAGCAGCAGACCUCGCCAAGCUACAGGAAUGGAACAAAAAGUGUCCGUGGCUACAAUUCAGUGAAGAAAAGUGUAGUCCUGCACCUUGGGAGGGGAUAUCCACCACACCAAUACCACAUGGGAAACACUCCACUAUCCACCACAGACAGAGAGAGAAAGACCUGGGACUAUGUUACCAGGCUACCAGUGAAGGCAAAAUCUGUGCCAAUCGCAGCGGACGGGUUAAGGGCCGUGAAAAAAUUGUUGUAUUGUUACGAUUAGGUCCAUAACAAGUUCUCCAUCUCCUCAGAACCCAACAUGGAGUUUGUGAUAAGCCUGCGAGCCUUCAACAACGUGGGUGAUGGGCAACCGGUGUACCAGCAAGUCCGCACCCAGCCAGAGGAGGAGGUGGUGGCACCCACGCUGGACCCGGCGGUGGGGGUGAAGGCCGUGGUGCUGACGCCCUUCACCGUGGUGCUGCAGUGGGCGGACACCAUGCUGAGCCAGAACCAGUACAACAGCUGCACCACCUUCUCGUCCUCAUCCUCCAGCCGCUAUGUCAACGCCACGGAUGUGACCUGCCUCAUUGACAGCCUCAAGCCAUCAACAGUGUGUGUUUGCUGUGAAGACCAUCAGGGUGAGACCACAGUGCUGGAAGCCUUCGUUCUUCUUUCAGUAAAUAUUCACUCAGUCCUGCAACACUUCUCAAGGAAAUCCUGUACAGCUGAAUCCUUGCUGUGAUGAGGCACAGAGAAAUUAUGACUC